CGACUGCUCGACCACUACCACACCACGCUCGCCGACGACCUCAUGUACAUGACCUAUACGCACGAGCCCGGUCCACGCAAACCGCCGCGCAACAUCCGCCUCACCUACGACCCGGCGGAUCCCUACGUCCGACACCGUGCAAACCCCCCCGUGGGCGGGUCGCAGGUCGGGCGCAAGCCCGCGCCGCCGUGCACGCCGGAGAACGUGGUGCGGCUCGAGAAAAUCGUGAUCCACACGAUGCAGAAGGAGGCGAUCGCCAACCGGCAGCAGCUCCUCGGCGCGGUCAUGGCCCUCCGCGCCAUCACGGGCGAGACGGCCCAGGGCGGUGGCCGACAUACGAAGACGGGCGUCGAGAUCAUCCGCGGCAAAAAGUCGUCGGGUAGCACCUGGAAGGGCAAGAACGCGCCGCUCGCAUGCAAGGUCGAGCUCACCGGCCCGAAGAUGUACGAUUUCCUCGAGACACUCGCCGAGUUCGUCUUCCCGCGCUUGCGCGAGUUCAACGGCAUCGUCCUGCCCCCCGCCCGCGCGAACAUGCAGACGCCGAGUGGUGUCAGCGGCGUCGUCGAAUUCGGCCUCGAACCGGACGCGAUGGGCCUUUUUCCCGCGAUCGAGGUCAACGUCGAGGCUUACCCGCGCCUUUACGGAAUGAACAUCCACUGCAUUACCAACGCCGAGGGCCAGGGCGCGCAAAACAAGGCCAGGGCGCUCAUAUCUGGGUUCCAGAUACCAUUC